UUGAACAAACAAACACAAAAAAAAAAAAAGGAGUAAAUGAGUCAGAGUGGUAGAUGAUACUGGUAAAUGAUACCUUGAUUCUCCACAAAUCUCUCUCUCUCUCUGUAUAUAUACACACAAACACACACUCUACACUCUCACUUUGAAGCAAUUGGACAGUAUAGAAAGCUUGAUAGCCAUAAGCCAUGGGAAGGUCUUUGUGUUGUGACAAGGUUGGCAUCAAGAAAGGCCCUUGGACUCCUGAAGAAGACAUCAUUCUUGUGUCCUACAUCCAAAAGCAUGGCCCUGGAAAUUGGAGGUCGGUUCCUACUAAUACCGGUUUGAUGAGGUGUAGCAAGAGUUGCAGAUUAAGAUGGACUAAUUAUCUCCGACCGGGAAUUAAGCGCGGAAACUUCACUCCUCAUGAAGAAGGAUUGAUCAUUCAUCUUCAGUCGAUGCUCGGCAACAAAUGGGCAUCCAUAGCUUCCUACCUUCCUCAGAGAACAGACAAUGAUAUCAAGAACUACUGGAACACGCACCUAAAGAAGAAGGUUGAGAAGAACUCGGUGGGAAAUGUGCUCGGUGCAUCGGUGUUAAUAGGCUAUGACAGUGAUCAAACUAGAAAUUCUCAUGUGUCUACUCUCCCCAUCUCCAAUAACCGUGGCUCCUCGACUUAUGCUUCGAGCAUGGAGAACAUCUCGGGCCUUCUUGAACGGUGGACACGGCCAUCCCAAAAGAAGACCGACCCCAUGCCAAUCCAAGAUUUGAAGUGUCAUAGCAUUAAGGCUGCAGAUCAAGGGAGCUGUGAUCUCGUGUCUGAUCAAGAAUUUAGGGCAUUAGUCCCAUUCGAGGAGCCAACUAGUGUAGUGUGGGAUGAAUCAUCCUCAGAGGCCACACUUUGUGGAGCUCACCAAUUCCAUCCUUUGUCAAUGCUCGAGAAUUGGCUCCUCGAUGAGGCUGUAGGGAUGGUAGAAAUUGCAGGGAUAUCGACAAACAUUUGCCCCAAUGGAGUCUACUAAUUGCCGCAAUCAUGCUUUCAUACAAUAGAAGGAUCAAUAUGCCACAAACUUGUCCAAGCUUUCUUGUUGUCUCAAUUGUAACAUAGCAAGCAGCAUUACCUACAUAAUCUAAAAAAUACUCAGUUUAUUAA